UAAAUUUAAAUAUAAUUGAUCAUGUGUAGAAAUGACCCACUCGCUUGCCUUAAUGCAGAAAACAUGUUGUAUUUCUUUAUUACAUCAUCAAUCAUCAUACCCCACACAGACACCUCUGUUGGAUUAGGUCAAGCUCAACAUCUUGUUAAUUGUUUAUCUUAAACAACUUUUCUAAUAAUGAUUUCUUGCCUUCAAAUAUAAAAAGUUAGCAGCCCUCAACCAAUAAGCAUUUCAAGAAAGUUUUCUUCUUUAAUUUUAAAUUUUCUGAGAAUAUAUUCUCCAAAAACUCAAAACAAAGGUUCACCAGAUCAACCAAAAAAUGGUGGCAGUAUUCAACAAAGAGCUUCUCAGCUGGUACUUGAUCACCGUCAAGCUCAACCAAGCUGUCGAAAGCGGGAUCCAAAACGCGCAAACUCCGACGGCAUCUACUUCAAGAUCCAUCGACCUACCAGAAUCAUCAUCGGCACGAGAAAUACAGCCAUCAAACACAGACACCCUCCAAAUCCCAAUCAAAGAAGACGAAUCGGCUCAAGAACCGGACGCCGGUCAGGUCAAACCCGUCGAAUCCGAAUGGGUGAUCAGCAUCAAAGACAAGCUCCAACAAGCCGAUCAAGAAGACGGGGCCGGGUCGUGGGCAAAAGUAUCCAUUUACCGUAUCCCGCAGUGCCUCCGCGAAGGCGACGACAACAAGGCCUACAUUCCACAAACCGUCUCCUUGGGCCCGUACCACCACGGCAGGAAGCGCCUCCGCAACAUGGACCGCCACAAGUGGCGGGCCCUACACCACAUCCUCAAACGGACCAAUCAGAAGAUAGAGCUCUACCUCGACGCAGUCAAGGAGCUCGAGGAUCGGGCCCGCGCCUGCUACGAGGGCCAGGUCCACCACAACAGCAACGAGUUUGUCGAGAUGAUGGUUCUCGACGCCUGCUUCGUGCUGGAGCUCCUGCGUGGGGCCGCCGGGGGGUUCACUCAUCUAGGAUACUCGAGAAACGACCCCAUCUUCGCCAUGCGCGGAUCCAUGCACUCCAUCCAGCGUGACAUGAUCAUGCUCGAGAAUCAGAUCCCUCUCUUCAUCCUCGAACGCCUCUUCGCCAUCCAAGCUGGCGGGCCGUCCGAUCAGGUCGGCUGGCCCGCCGGCAGCCAGACCGGCGUGGUCGCCAGGCUGGCGCUGAGGUUCUUCGACCCUUUGAUGCCGACAGACGAGCCUCUCUCGAAGAGCGACCGGAGCAAGCUUGAGUCGUCGAUCGGGACCACAUUCGACCCGCUGACAGAGCAGGGCGGGCUCCAUUGCCUCGAGGUCUUCAGAAGAAGCCUCCUGGCAAUACGGGCUGGCCCGAAACCGACGCCCCGAGUAUGGAUCAAGAAGUGGUCCCACACCAAUCGGGUGGCGGACAAGCGGCGGCAACAGCUCAUCCACUGCGUCACCGAGCUGAAGGACUCGGGGAUCAAGUUCAAGAGGAGGAGGACUGACAGAAUAUGGGACAUCAAAUUCAAGAACGGAAUCUUAAAGAUCCCCCGUCUAUUGAUCCACGACGGUACUAAAUCGCUGUUCCUUAAUCUGAUAGCAUACGAGCAAUGCCACCUGGACUGCACCAACGAUAUCACCUCGUACGUGAUAUUCAUGGACAAUUUGAUCGACUCGCCCGCUGAUGUCAGCUACUUGCACUACUGUGGGAUAAUCGAGAAUUGGUUGGGGAGCGAUGCUGAGGUGGCUGAUAUGUUCAAUCGGUUAUGUCAGGAAGUGGUUUUCGAUAUAAACGACAGCUCGCUUUCGAGGCUGUCGGAGCAGGUGAAUAGGUACUAUGAGCACAGGUGGAAUGCUUGGAGGGCUAGUUUGAAGCACAGAUACUUCAAUACUCCAUGGACCAUAAUCUCAUUCUUUGCUGCUGUGGUGUUGCUGUGGUUGACCUUAGCACAGACUUUUUACAGUGUGUAUGGUUAUUACAAGCCUCAUUGAUCUUCACCACAGUUCGUCCCAUUCUAUCGAUUUUAGUUAACCACGUUUUUCCGUUUGUUUGGUGAGCUUUUCGCGUUGAUUUUCUUCUGAUGCAUUUUGUGGUAAAGAUGAGUUGACAGCAGUUGUAAGCAUUGAAAUUUUUUUC